GCGAACUUCCAGGAAGACAUAUAAGUUGUGUUUGGUGAUUUUGAGCCAGAAUCUGACGACUGUUAGCACUAAAAUCGACGUCGAGGGCUCGUAUUCACCACCGACAUGACACGGCUGUCAAUUCUGGUAAUCGUGUGUCUGCUGAGCUACGUGUAUUCAGACUCUUCCACGGGUGUACGGUUUCCCAGCGGUAAAGUUUUUGAACCGAUCACAUUGGAGGGAGACUUAGCAGAAGAGCAUGCAGAUCCUUUCAACACUGGGAGCGAGCUUUACGACUCUACAGGUGAAGAGAACUUCAGAUUGUCUUUGAACUACCAUGUUCGUGAUUAUAAAUCCACUGCAUCUCAGUAUUACCGAGCACAUCCAGUGUUGAUGCAGUGCCUCCAGAAAGUACGUACUGCCAUGUACAAGCAAGGAGAAAAGGUGAUAAUUAAAAGUGGUUUUAGGACGAAGACUGAGGCAUCAAUAUCAAGCGACAAACACAUACAGUAUCUACGAUCAGGCUCAGCUGCUGUUAUUGAAUUCAAGCAGCCUGCUUCCAAAACAGUAGAAGAUUUGUUGCAGAGCGUCGUGAAGAACUGUAUAAACUUAUUCCAUGCCAUGCAUCGAGACAUUGGAGUGGGGUUGUUUGCUGAUAGUGUACACGUUCAUAUACAAGGACGUGACGAAGAUACUCCCUACUAUUAUGCAUCACAAGAUGCUGCAAUGAAUGUCAAUGAAUUAGAAGAGUUUGUUGCCGUAGUAACUGAUGAAGUUUAUGAGCCGAUGAAGACUCCCCAAUGUGAUGUUAAUCAGCACAUCUUAAACAAUGGUGAACACUACCCAAGUCAUUAUGACUCCCCGGAAGCGGCUGUUGGCGCUCUAGAUACAAAAGUCACUAGGAGUAUGGAAGAAGAUUUUGCAAGGUGUGCAGAUCGUAUGAUGAGUAAUCGGUUGAACAGUGCUAUAAAGUAUCUCCAGCAAAUGGUGCGAAAUCAGUGGACUCCCGAAGGUGACCAUUUAUUCCUGGCUGUCAAAAAACAGGCUGGUAUCCUGCAACGAUACGAGCAUUUCCCUAUUGCCGAUCUACUAUCAUCGGAGUGUCCGGCUGGUGAUGAUGGUAUUUAUAAGUUGCCUGAUGGUUAUAGCCAAGAUGAGAAGGACAAGAUGUUGUUGUUUGAUAGUGACCACAAAGAAAGUAGGAAACUAUCUGCCCAUGCUUUGAUUGGUGAUAUCAAAUCACCAAGUGGUAGAUAUUUCAGAAUCAGUCCACUUUUGAUAGAAUGCUAUCAAUCUAUUGUGACUCGGGAAAACAAGGACAGAAAGGAAAACGAUCCGUUUAUAAACAUAAUCAUCGACCGUGCUUACCUGACCAAUGAUGACCAGGUAGUGAUUCCCGACACUGAUCCACGCUACAACCAUCAUGUGACCGGCCGAGCUAUGCAGAUUCGUUACAAUCAAUCCAGCGGUUUAGAUGCCAGUGUAUACACUCCAUAUAAAUUGAUCAAAAGAGCUAUUCAUAAGUGUGGAUCUCAUUUCACAGUAAAAGGUUACAGUAUUGGAGCAGGUCUGUACCAAGAUAGCGUAUACAUUGACAUGCGUGACAAUUUUGAUGCGUGGGUGGAGUCUGAUCAAGUUUUGCCGAACGGAGAAACAGAGGAAGAAUUCAGAAACAAAAUGGAAUUGUGGCUGCAAAAAUCAGUCGAGGGCCGUGUUAUUGAUCCUGACAACCCGGCGCGUGCCUGCCUAUUCUCUGUACAACCCCAGAGACAAUCACCAGAUUACGAGCAUGUCCAUCCCGAGCCAGUCCGGCGACGUCGAGCUGCAGGUGUGGAUCCUGAUUCCUGCCAGCCAAGAUCUGACACUCCAUUUUGUUCUAUACCAAGAAACACAGAGAUAAGCAGGUUAAGAUCAUCUGGGAGCAGGUCACUCGGAAACAUCUGUAUCAUGACAAGGAUGAGGUUAAAGAAGCCCUGGAUAAUUGUUUUGGAGCUUGUGGUACUUGUCAACAAGGUGAUAUCUGGUGGGAUAAAAUUGAGAAUUGUGACAAUUUCCUCCACUGGGUUCCUUUCGAUUUUUACGAGCAGCAUGACGAGGUCGCUUUCUAUGUGAGAACCAACACCAAUCUGAAACCAGCCGCAUGCAGAGGUCAUUGCAUCGAUAAAUCCCCACUAUUUUCACUUGUUGCUCCAUCCGUUGAACAGUUGUACAGACCAAAAGAAGACAGAAGUGUAAAAGAACCGCUUUACUCCGUGGCAAAUAACCCCCUGCCGGUGUAUGACCUGCUGUAUAAGUUGUACGGUUUAACUGCUACUGGUUUAGUCAGGGUAUAUGUCAAAGAUGAAACUGAACUCACUACUCUUAGGGGUCCUCUGCAGAUGGCUAUGAUCUACAACAAAGAUGUCACUCGUAUAGAGUUUUAUGUGGAAAAUGAAAAGUCUGUAGAACCUGUAAUCAGUGACCUAGAAGACAUGCUGCUGGAAUGGACUAAAUCUACCUGCACUGAUCAUACUAGAGAAUCUGUUCCUCCAUUU